AUGAAGGUAUUUGUGUUGUUACAGCUGGUACUGUUUUAUGAAAGAACAUUGAAGGCUCAUAUUGUGAAGUGUAGGAUUCGAGAUCUUGACCCUCCGCUCCAAGAGUACCAUCAAUCAGGAGACUUCUUUAUUGGUGGUAUUGCUUCUCAGAGUUUCAACGUCAAUCCUGUAUACUUCACUGAAUACCCUCCAUCUGCAUUGGCUGAUGAGCUUCUUACCAUACCUAAGAAUUACCAGCACAUGCUGGCCUUGGAAUUUGCUGUAAAGGAGAUCAAUGAAAAUUUAGCAAUCUUACCCAAUGUCACCUUGGGCUUUCAAAUUUAUGACAGCUAUUUCAAUGCUAAGCCAACCUACCAUGCCACAAUGCAACUUAUGUCCACCCAAAAGACAUUUGUCCCUAACUUCAAAUGUGACAACCAGAAUAAUCUGCUAGCUAUCAUUGGUGGAUUGGAUGCCGCAACCUCUUUUGAUGUGGCAACAAUACUGAGUAUCUAUAAGAUUCCUCAGCUCAUAUAUGGUUCUGCUCCAGAGACAGAUACAAAUCCAGAACUUUCCUUCUACCAGAUGUACCCCAAUGAAGCCCUUCAGCAUGCAGGAAUUCUCUCCUUACUAAUGUAUUUCAAAUGGACGUGGAUUGGGGUCCUUGUUAUGGAUGAUGACAUUGGAGAAAACAUUGUGCAAACAUUACUUCCUGUGAGUUCCAAGUACGGUGUCUGUUUUGCCUUCAUUGGAAGAUGCCCCAGAUCAAGGUUUGUCACAGAAAAUAUGUACCUGGUACAACAGGGGAGAGAAAUAUAUGAUAAAAUAAUGAGCAGCAAAGCCCACGUAUUUGUGGCAUUUGGACAAUCAUAUAGCCUCAAUGAUCUGAGAUGGUUGAUGUUUCUAUCAGAAGGGCAAAGUAUCCCAUGGAAAACAAAAGGUAAAGUGUGGAUACUGACAGCCCAGAUGGAUUUCACUUCUUAUGUUUAUCAAAGGACUUGGGAUACAGACAUAAUCCAUGGUGCUCUGACCUUCAGCAUACAUUCCAGUCAUCUUCCAAGAUUUCAGAAAUUUGUUGAGAACAGAAAUCCUUCCAACACAGGGAGUGAUGGAUUUAUAUGGAACUUCUGGUGCCAUGCCUUUGACUGUGUAUUCCCAAAUCAAAUUCAGGGUGAAGUGAGGGAUGAUAUUUGCACAGGGCAAGAGAAGUUGGAAAGCCUUCCUGGAUCUUUUUUUGAAAUGAGCAUGACUGGCCACAGCUACAGCAUUUACAAUGCUGUCUAUGCUGUGGCCUAUGCUGUACAUGCCAUGCACCAGAAAAAGCACAGAACAAUGGUAAACAGUCUUCAGGAUCUAAACCAAUGGCAGCUACACUACUUCCUUAGAAGAACUUCAUUUAACAAUAGUGCUGGGGACAAAAUUUCAUUGAACAAAAAUGGGGAGUCACUUGCUGGAUUUGAUAUUGAGAACUGGAUCAUUUCCUCAAAUCAAUCCUUUCACAGAAUGAAAGUUGGCAGAAUGGAUCUCCAGGAUCCCCACGAUCGUUCCCAACAAGCAUUCACUAUCAGUGAUGAAGACAUCACAUGGCCGGACUGGUUUAACCAAACACAGCCAAUUUCGAUAUGUGGUGAGAAUUGCCAUCCUGGCUAUAGCAAAAUCAUCAAGGAGGGGGAACCAUUUUGUUGUUACGAUUGCAUGCCAUGUCCAUAUGGGAAGAUCUCAGACCAAAAUGACCUUGACAACUGCUAUAAGUGUUCAGAUGAAAAGUACCCAAGCAAAACCCAGGAUGUAUGUAUUCCCAAGUACAUCAGCUUUCUUUCUUAUGAAGAGCCUUUGGGGAUGAGUUUAGCAUUUUUUGCUCUUUCAUUCUCUAUGAUCACUGCUCUGAUACUCAGAACAUUUAAAAAAUAUCAAAGUACUCCCAUCGUCAAAGCCAACAACCGGAACCUCACCUACACUCUUCUCAUCUCCCUUCUGCUCUGCUUCCUUUGUGCUUUGCUAUUCAUUGGCAGGCCAGAGAAUGUGAUCUGUCUCCUCCGCCAAACUACUUUUGGCAUCACCUUUUCAGUGGCAAUUUCCUGUGUGCUUGCCAAAACCAUGACUGUGGUUCUGGUUUUCAUGGCCACCAAGCCAGGAUCUGGCAAGAUAAAAUGGGUGAGGAAACGCCUGGCCAACUCUAUUGUUCUUCCCUGUUCCCUUAUGCAAGCAGGCAUUUGUGCUCUUUGGCUAGCGAAGUCUCCUCCAUUCCCAGAUGUCGACAUGCACUCAGUGACUGAAGAAAUUGUCCUAGAGUGUAACGAAGGCUCCGUGACUCUGUUUUACUGUGUCUUGGGUUACAUGGGAUUCCUGGCUGUUUUGAGCUUCACUGUGGCUUUCCUUGCUAGGAAACUACCUGAUACUUUCAAUGAAGCCAAGUUCAUCACCUUCAGUAUGUUGGUCUUUUGCAGUGUAUGGUUAUCCUUUGUUCCAACCUACUUGAGCACGAAGGGGAAAUACAUGGUAGCUGUGGAGAUCUUCUCUAUCCUAGCUUCCUGUGCGGGGCUACUGAGUUUAAUUUUUUUCCCUAAAUGCUUUAUAAUUCUGUUGAGGCCUGAAUUAAACACAAGGGAAAUAAUAAGGGGCAAAAUACAAAGCACAGAAGCAUAA